CAACCUGUAUAAAAGUUGUAGUUUUUAGUUUCGGAAAUCCUUCCUUUCCCUCUGAAAACUACUGUAUAAAAUUAUAAAUAACCCGAAGAGCUUCAUAGAUCAGGUACCGAAUUUAGAACCCGACCCGUUUUGUAGUGAAAGCAAACAAAAUAUUCAAAAUCAAAAGAGUUAUAAAUAAAUAAAGGGUGGUCUUGGGUUAUUGAUUCAAGUUUAGAUUUUUACGGACACUGAAAAACGAAGAUGAUGCCCAAAUGUUCUGCUCCACCCAACGAAGCUACUAAUCUCUUUCAGAGUUUAAAUGGGCUUCAACAAAUUACCGAGAGGCGUUCUUUCAAGGCAUGGUUCUUAGAUCAGUUUGGGGUUCUCCAUGACGGGAAGCAACCUUAUCCGGGUGCCAUUUCCACAUUAGAAAAGCUUGCACAUAGUGGAGCAAAGAUGGUGAUCAUAAGUAAUUCUUCCAGACGUUCUUCAGUAACCAUGGACAAAAUAAAGAAUCUUGGAUUUGACCCUUCUCUAUUUGUAGGAGCCAUUACCAGUGGAGAACUAACACAUCAGUACCUGCAAAGGAGAGAUGAUGAUUGGUUUGCAGCACUUGGAAGAUCUUGCAUUCACAUGACUUGGAGUGACCGGGGAGCUAUAUCUCUUGAGGGAUUAGGCCUACAAGUUGUGGACAAGGUUAAGGAUGCUGAAUUCAUCUUGGCUCAUGGCACCGAAGCUUUGGGCCAUCCUUCUGGUGUUGCGUGUCCCAUGAAACUUGAGGAACUUGAGAGUAUAUUGGAACAAUGUGCUACUAAAAAGAUUCCUAUGGUGGUGGCUAAUCCAGAUUUUGUAACUGUUGAAGCUAGAGCCUUGAGAGUAAUGCCUGGGACUCUGGCUGCAAAAUAUGAAGAGCUUGGAGGUGAAGUGAAAUGGAUGGGCAAGCCUGACAAGAUAAUUUAUGAAUCAGCAAUGGCCAUGGCUGGUGUAGAUGCUUCAGAUUCUAUAGCUGUAGGUGAUUCACUCCACCACGACAUCAAAGGUGCGAAUGCUGCUGGAAUCCAAUCGGUUUUCACCACAGGAGGAAUCCACGCAACUGAACUUGGACUAAACUGUUUUGGGGAGAUUGCCAACUCUUCUUCUGUGCAAGCUCUGGCUUCCAAAUAUGGUGCUUAUCCAUCAUAUGUGAUACCUGCUUUUACAUGGUGAAGAGAAAUCAUGUAUUUAUAAUUAUACAUGUGUGUGUGUGACACUAAGACAAAGCUUAUAUACUGAAAUUGAUUUGGUAAUUUGAAGAAUGAGAAGGAAUGCAAUUCUUUUGUUAUUCA